AUGUCGACCAUUUUCCCUCGAGCCUCUUUGCAAUCCUUAGGCGUCUUGCGACCCUCAGCAACAGCAUCACGAGCAGUCCCAAGGUGUUCUAAAGCACUGCAUCAAUACACCACAUCAAACACCCUGACCGCUUCGAGUAUACGACUUAGACCGCGGCUUGACUCGUUGAAUUCGAGGUCCAAGUUCCAACCACAUGCCCUCGCUGGCACAAUUCGAACGAUAUUCAUCCAAACAGAGAAUACGCCAAACGCUGAUGCACUCAAAUUCCUUCCCAACCACACUAUUUUACCUGAGGGUUUAGCAUCGCCGUUUCUCGAGUAUUUGUCGCCCAGAUCUACAUUGGCGCCUCCACACCCUUCGCCUUUGGCAGCGCGAUUGCUAAACGUCGAUGGAAUUACUUCAAUAUUCUAUGGUCCAGAUUUCAUUACUGUCACGAAGGCCUCUGAUGCUAUCUGGGCGCACGUCAAACCAGAGGUUUUCAGUUUGAUCACGGAAGCAGUCACUUCUGGCGAGCAGAUUGUCAAUACGAUCGAGAACAAGUCCGCUGAAGCGGGGCAAGAAGGAGGGGAACAAGAUACGCUUGGAUACGACGAGAACGAUAGCGAAGUGGUAGGCAUGAUCAAGGAACUUCUCGAGACCCGGAUUCGACCAGCGAUCCAAGAAGACGGGGGGGAUAUUGAGUUUCGAGGCUUUGAAAAUGGGCAUGUUCUACUGAAGCUCCGCGGUGCUUGCAGAACGUGUGAUUCAAGCACUGUAACCUUGAAAAAUGGCAUCGAGAGUAUGCUUAUGCAUUACAUUGAAGAAGUCAAAGCUGUUACACAAGUGCUUGAUCAAGAGGAGGAGAUUGCUAUGCAAGAAUUUGCCAAAUUCGAGGCAAAGUUGAAGGAACAGAAGGGACCAGAUGCCAUUGCUUCAACAGUAGGGAAAGGGAGCUUGGAUACUGCAGAAGCCUGA